AUGAAUCUCCAAAAAUCAAGUACUAUGGGAUUAAUUCCAGCAGGAGCAAAAUUGCUGCUGACUGUAGGGAUUGUAUGGCUAUGUAAUAUGAGAGGUUCUGAUGCUCAAAGUCCGGCGAUGGCUCUAGAGGGUGCACCAGCCGAGGUGACCAUCACCAUUCCCAACAAUCAACUGGCAGAUAGUGCUAGCUACAUCUCCAUUCGACUUGACAACGGACACAAUUUAACCGAUGUUCUGUACUCUGUCGGGGGGCAACCAAAGGUCAAGGAUGAAUAUGACAAGAAACUGACAGCCACUCAAGAAGGUCGGAGGUUGAGAAUACAGUUUCGGAGCGUCACUGCGGAUGUUGCCGGAACUUUCAAGUGCUAUGCUCAUGCCAGCUCCAUGGUCAUUGAUAAUUGUGGGCAGCUACUGAUUGUUAUCCGUAAACCCAGACCCCCAGUUGUUAGAGUACUGCCAUCAUCCAGUCUUGUCGUGGGUUCAAGACUACAGCUUCUAUGUGAUGCUCGCUCAAACAGCCUGCCUAUCAACCAUGGGUUAGCUUCAGAGAUCUUGUGGUUUGAUCAAACUGGCAAGUCUAUUGGUUCACCGGGCACUGACCCAAAGGUACGUGUCAAUGCCCAGAACCAACUUGUCAUUGAGCCUCUGGAGAGGGCAUACAAAGGCCGCAAGUUUUACUGUACAACAGCGGACAGCACCGGAGACAUCAGCAAGAGACUUGUCUCUGACCCUAGUGAUCAGUUUGAGGUGACUCCUGAAUAUGGACCAGCCAUAGAAGAUUUUCAACUAGAGCCAGCAUUUAAACAUGAGGAUGUGGUGGAGAAGAAGACUGGGGACACAAUUACUUAUCGAUGUGAUGCUGUUUGUUCGCCGACAUGCACAAUAACAUGGAUGUUCAAACCUGCUGCUGGAUCUACAGACUUUAGCCCGGUGACAGCUUUGACAGACAGAAAAGUACUGACCUUGCUGGUGGGCAGGUCAAGUGAAGGUCAAUAUCAGUGCACGGCAGAAAACAAACAUGGAGCAGCUCAUCAGACAUUUCAUCUGGCUGUUCUGUAUUUGGAGGCGCCUGUUGUUAGCAUCAAUGAGAAGGAGGUGACCUCCGCCAGGGUCGUCGAAGACACUCAGGUCACCUUGAAGUGUGUGUUUGACAGUAACCCUGGACCUGUUGUUAAUUGGCUGUCACCCACCCAGACUAUGCUGUCUACCCAGAAGGCACCAGGGCCAACUGUCGUAACGCAGGGUGGACUCCGAAAGAGGCUCUACACCAGCACUCAGCGUCUGGACAGACUCAAGUGUGAGGACACGGGAAUAUACAAGUGUGACGGAAGCAAUAACAUUCAAACAGCCGAGGGACGUCUGGAACUUCUGGUGACUUGUGCUCCAUCAGGUACAGAUAUUCCAGGGCUGGAGCUGAAGCCAGAGUAUGUCUGGGAAAUCUCACAGCAACUCAGCAUCCAGUUUGUCAUCAAGGCUUUCCCACAGCCCAACAUUACGCAGAUAGUGUCCAGCCUCAAUGGAGUGUUGCGAAAGGAAGAGAUUCCUAGAGAUAUAGAAAUAGUCCAAACGGCCAACUAUGAUGGGAAAUCCUACCUGACCAAGUUUGGUCUGACAAGCAAGAGAAAACUGGAUCAAUCUGACACAGAUCGAGUGUACACUAUGACCAUACAGUCGCCUGAUUUCACCAGGGAUUUCUCAUUUCAUAUACAUCCACGGGGACCUCCGCACAAUGUAGUCAACCUGACAGUGAUAGACGUGCGGCACGACUCUGUGAUUCUCUUCUGGUUGCCAGGUUUCGACGGAGGAGAGAACCAAACAUUCUCAGUCGAAUAUCGACCGUAUUCAGAGGGAGAAUCUGGCACACAGCAGAAUGUAAAUGUUUUGGCCCCAGCAGAAUCUCUGGAUGGGGGAGCUAUAUUUGGGAUUGUUUUUGCUGUUCUCAUCCUCCUCAUCAUCAUCGCUGCGGUUCUCUAUUUUGUGGUCUUCAAGAAAAGAUGUAUACAGCCAGGGAGUGAUGGGGAAAGGGAAGA